CAGUAACUAUGUAUGCAUAUUAUACUGCUUAGUGCACCCUUCUGAAGAGUUUUCAGUGACUUCUGUGUUAUUUAUUGAUAUGGUUUGGCUCUGUGUUUCUGUGUUCUCCCCCAAAUCUGAUGUCAAAUUGUAAUCUUCAUAUGUCAGGGAAGGGACCUGAUGGGAGGUGAUUGCAUGGGAGCGGAUUUCCCCCUUAGUGUUCUUGUGAGUGAGUUCUCACGAGACCUAGCGGUUUCAAAGUGUGUGGCACUUCUCUCUUUGCUCACUCUCUCUCUCUGCUCACUCUCCCUCCUUCUCUGCCAUGGUAAGACGUGCUUGCUUCCCGUUCACUUUCUGCCAUGAUUGUAAGUUUCCUGGGGCCUCCUAGCCAUGCUUCCUGUGCAGCCUAUGGAACUAGGACAUGCAGUGAGGACAUGGAGGAGGAAAAUACAACAUUGCUGACAGAGUUUGUUCUCACAGGAUUUUUAUAUCAACCACAGUGGAAAAUACCCCUGUUCCUGGCAUUCUUGGUAAUAUAUCUCAUCACCAUCAUGGGGAAUCUUGGUCUAAUUGUUCUCAUCUGGAAAGACCCUCACCUUCAUAUCCCAAUGUACUUAUUCCUUGGGAGUUUGGCCUUUGUGGAUGCUUGGUUAUCAUCCACAGUGACUCCAAAGAUGCUGAUCAACUUUUUAGCUAAGAGUAAGAUGAUAUCUCUCUCUGAAUGCAAGAUACAAUUUUUUUCCUUUGUAAUCACUGUAACCACAGAAUGUUUUCUCUUGGCAUCAAUGGCAUAUGAUCGCUAUGUAGCCAUUUGCAAACCUUUACUUUAUCCAGUCAUUAUGACCAACGGACUAUGCAUCCAGCUAUUAGUCUUGUCAUUUAUAGGUGGCCUUCUUCAUGCUUUAAUCCAUGAAAUUUUUUUAUUCAGAUUAACCUUCUGUAAUUCCAACAUAAUACAACACUUUUACUGUGACAUUAUCCCAUUGUUAAAGAUUUCCUGUACUGAUUCUUCUAUUAACUUUCUAAUGGUUUUUAUUUUCGCAGGUUCAAUUCAAGUUUUUACCAUUGGAACUAUUCUUAUAUCUUAUACACUUGUCUUCCUUAUAAUCUUAAAAAAUAAGUCUGUCAAAGGGAUACAAAAAGCUGUCUCCACCUGUGGAGUUCAUCUCUUAUCUGUAUCUUUAUACUAUGGGCCCCUUGUCUUCAUGUAUGUGGGCUCUGCAUCUCUGCAAGCAGAUGACCAAGAUGUGAUGGAGUCUCUAUUUUACACUGUCAUAGUUCCUUUAUUAAAUCCCAUGAUCUACAGCCUGAGAAACAAACAAGUAAUAGAUUCAUUCACAAAAAUGUUCAAAAGAAAUGUUUAGAUCUCAUACAAUCUCUGUUCUCUGUUUACUAAAAUUUUCCCAAGAUUGUUCAAGUUAAAGGUAUCUGUGUUUUGCUAGCAUUUGAAGAUUUUGCAAAGUCCUAGCACUUUAAGGACCUAAGGUGUUAGUAUCUAGUAAACUAAUAAAUACACUCCUAAUGUUAUUCAAUGGCAUUUAAAAAUUUUUAGUCAUGUUCAUAUCAUAAGCAAAUAAUGUCAGCAGAAAGCAAAUAAAAAUAUUUUACAGUGUUGUAUGUUAUUCAAUGUGGCUUUAUAAAUGCAUUAAAUGCUAAGAUAGUCUAUGUCAUCUGAUAAGGACUUGAGUAUGAUGAUUUUGAUACUAAUACAACUAUAUUACCUGAGACACUCAACACAUUUAACUCUGUUGUGAAAGUAGAUUUGUGUUUUGGUGAACAGAGGUAAAUCCCAAGAAUUCUGCUAGCCAUCAAGGGAUCUUUUAUUCCACUUCAUUGGGAAAGAGUGAAUUCUACUUCUUGUAGAAAAUCAACUCACAUAUCAGGUAAAGAAAUAAACAAAAAUGGAAAUGCAAUGAGGAGAAAAACUGAGAAGGGAGUUAACAGUGAAGAUCUUGCCGAAGCCUAAAAGGGUACUCUUUAUGUAGUGUGCUUGCAAAAGUAAGAAGAGGUAAGUUGCCUCUAACUUUCUACAGUGGUUUCUAAUGCCUUUUCCAGCUGUGGCUGUAUGUAUUUAGAUAAUCUGAAAAGCUCCCUUAAUUCAGAAAAUUAAAAGAUGAACUAGAAGAACUAAGUUGAAGUAGGCAUUGAGAAGAAAAGUGGCAUAAUAAGAACAAAAUGGCCUUAAUCUUCCCAGAAAAAAAAAAUGAAGCUAUGAGAUUUUUAAUAUUCGGUGAUGUUGCAAGAUUAUUGGAAUGAUUUUUUGACAACCAGAGACUUUAAAUUCUUAUUACCAAAGUUCAAAUAAUGAUCAGAUGAUCUGACAUCAUAGUGCCUAGUGAGUGGAGGGAAAAAACAUGAAAAUGAGGAAGUUUGAACAUUUCUGCCUCAAAAAGUCCUUGCUUGUUAGCCUUCUUCAAACCUCAUACUCUUGAAGUGCAUGAGUCAUCCAUCUAGCAGUCCACUCUGCCCUUCAUCUUUCAUCACUGAAAUUUUGUUUACAUUCUCACUGAUACCAUGAGGCCUUUACCUAAAAACUACUCAUGUAUUGUUUUGCAAAUCUCUGGUUACUUAUUUUCUCCAUUCUUCUAGUACUCAUUCAUUCCCUUAACAUUGCCAUCAGAUCGGUUUUUUGCUAACAUAACUCUAAUAAUUUAUGUAGCUCUUCAGUUUCUUUUGUUGGACUGUCAUUGCUACCAAAUUAUAUGCAUAUAUGGUUUAGGUAUCUAUAUCUGUGUGUGUGUAAAUAUACAUUUUUUUAUGUGUAUGUAUAGUCAUCUAAUAUAUGUAUAUAUACACAUGUAUAAAGUAGUGGCAUUAAAAUUCAGAGUUUAUUUGAGGAAACUGAUUUAUUUGGUACCACCAGACUGCAGGUGCUUUGGUGCUUUCCUGAAGAGGAAAGAAAAGAAGCUGUUAUAGGGUAAAUGAGAAAGUAAGGCAAAAAGAAAUAUUUUAUUGGCUAAAGUGAAGCAGUGGCAUGAUUUGGAUCAUGUGGAAAUUUAAUAGUUAGAGGUGAGUUGGUGGUUGUUAAGUUAAUUUUUGUUUUACCAUUUACACUGAGUUGGAUUUCUGUUUGCUUAGGCAGGAACCCACUUUGCUGCACCCACCUCAGCCCAAUAUCCUUUUAUUUAACUAUUUUAGCUAUUUUUUCCCUUUUGGUUAGGCUCCCAGUUAUGGGAUAUUGACUAAAACUUAGGCACAUGGGCCACUUUCUGUGACGAGCACAGCUGGUUUAGCUUUGUGUCAACAUGGAACUCAUGUCAUAAUGUCCAGUCUCUUGCAGAAGUGUUUCUUUUACUAUUUUUUCUUUGUUGUUGUCAUUCUAAUCACAGUGAGGAAACCUGGUGUACUGUGAUGGCUAUGAACUCACAUUUAAGACUCUUGAGAGACUACAGCACACCAGGAAGAUUACAAUGAUAAUAGUCACAAUGAUAGUCCCAAGAGAAUGGGGGUAUACUCCAUAGCCAAAGUGUGCACGAACCAACUGAAAUAAACCCAAUAAAAACAAAAGAUCAAUGGUUAUAACAAUCUAUAAACUUAGUAUCUGAGCCCUGAGGGCAGUUAUUUGAGAAGACUUUUAAAUUUAAGCUCAAAGCAUCUUUAGGUGAUGAAAUAAAGUGGCAGUUGCAAUAUGAUAAUUUUUCUAGUUUGCAGUCUGAAUGUUUCUGUUUACGUCAUUGGUCAACUACCUGAGCAGCCAAGUCAGCUACAUUCAUAAAGAUUGUCCUCUAUAGUUUACAUCCAGUUGCCCAGCCCUAGCUUGUAGGGCUUCAGGAAUAGGGCAAUUUAUAGGUAGAUAAUAAAACCUCAAAGACAAUGGACAGAACAAGAAUUUAACAGUGGGCGCACUAUACUUUUCUAUUGAAACAUUAUUUUUUCCUCUACAGUUCCCUUCAUUUCUACCAAACAUAAUUAUAGAAAGACUAAUUUCUUUACAAAAUAAGUCUACUCUCAUUAAACUUCAACUGAGUAUUUACAUAAGUGCAGUAAAAAUAGUGACUGAUCAUCUCUUUUUAAUUUGGCCAAGUUAGGACCUUUAAUAAAUAAUCUCAUAUUAGACUUUAAUAUUCUCUCCAGGCUAUGAUGUCAUGCAAGGACAUAGCAUCUGUUUUGACCUGCAACAUCCAUAGAUUUAGGUAAAUUCCCUUAUACUCAAAAGAGGUCCUAAAAAGUUUUUUCAGUUUCCUGGGCCUUCUAGAAAGUGACCUUCCUCUCAGUCAGUAAGGUUGGAAAGGUGUGAGCAGAUAUCAGGCCAGUUUCUCUUGAGAAACUUUCUGUAGUUUGAUUUGAGGGACCCAUUCAAAUCUCAUGUUGAAAUCUGAAUCAAAUGUUGGAGGUGAAACAGAAUAGAGGUGUAUGGGUCAAGAGCUAGAAUUCCUAAUGAAUGGUAAUGCCAUUCUCAUGAUAAUUGAUGAGUUCUCACAUUCUUUGUUCCCUUGAUUGCUUUAAUUGGACAAUACUUCUCAAUUUCACAUAUUAUAUAAGCCUCAUUAGCUUAACAUCUCUCUUUUUGUAACAGAUAAUGAAAAUUCUCUUUCGACAUUCUAGAGGCUCAUCUGGGAAAUCUCAAAGUUAAUUGAGGUCAAAAAAGAUUUAAUUUACAGUUUUAUUUUGGGAAGUUUGUUAAAACUAUCAAAUGAUUUAAAUAAUUGGUUAAGUAUAGGCACUGGUGACUGAAAGAAUACUAAAAUGACAAAAGAUUUCAAAGUAAAUAGAAAAAGUGAUGUUAUUGAAAAAAAAGUUAGAUCUUUUAAUAUUGAGAAAACUCAGUUUUCUUAAGGAAUCAAAUACCAGCUAAAGACAAUAUGGAUCGCGAAACGUCAUCUUGACAAAACAUACAUUCUUUUCAUUUCACAGGCCAUGUACUUAAAGGGUCAUGAGAAAACUUAACCAGUGUCUAAUAAGAGCAGACCAACACAUUGUUAAAACCUUGCCAUUUUAAUUAAGAAGACCAAAUUAUAGUUUUUAUUAGUUUAAUUUUAAUAUUAAGACUUAUUUGAAACACUCAUAAUAACUUGAAUUCCGGUAACUUAACUGCAAAAGAUUCUCUUUCUCUUCCAACUCUCUGUAUCCAUUUGGUUUUUGUCCUUCAUCAUCUAUCCUGAAACAACUUUUAGGUACCAUCCAAACUAGACAAAAUUACUCCACUUUUCUUUUUUUCUUAAAUAUAUGUCCUCAUACCUGGUGGUUUUCUUAUCAAUAACAUUUUUCACUUUACUUGGAUACUUUGCAUACAGAGUUAUUUUUCUUAUGCUGUUUAGAAGUUUUAAUUACCACACAUUAACUAGAACUCUCAAUUCUCAGCAGCUUUAUUUUCUUGGAUAUAAGUGAUUGCCUAGUACAUAUCACAUCCAAAAUCUGUAGAUGUGGAAACCUAUGAAUACACCAUUUUAUAAUUUGUAGAAGCAUAUGUUUCUUCACAGCACAAUUUCUCACUGUAGCAAUGAAAUAUGUUUGCUAGUGACCUCAAAUAUUUUUAUUUCCUAUGUAAUAGGAAGCCCAAAGCAGAUAAGCCUAUUUUCAGAAAUUAAUGUUUUAACAUUUUGUCUUAUUUGGAAAUCAGCCAGGUAUUCAAUGAAUGUUGAUCAUUUAAUUUAGCUUUGUGAACCUCUAAGGGUAUAAAUUACCAUAGA